AUGGCGGCAGUUAUGCAGGAUGAAGUGAUGGAUGAUUCGCAUAAAAAGAAGCGUAAACAAUUCACGCUUGACCGAAAGUUGGAAAUGCUUGCUGCUCUCGACAAUGGAAUGACAAGGAAAGAUGUCUCUUUGAAUUACGGUAUUUCCCAAUCCACUUUGACAGCAUUGGUCAAAGACCGUGCCAGAAUCGAGGAAAAGGCGAAAGCGAAGGAAGUGGCGCUUUCUCUUGGUCAUAUAACGUUUCGCGCCAGUCCCGGCUGGUUAUGCAGGUUUCGCCGAAGAUACCGCAUCGCAGCUAAGAUUGAUUGGGAAGAGAAUCCUGCACCGAAUGCCGAAAGCAUUCAGGGACAGCGUUUCGUGUUGAGUGAUAUAGUUUCAGCGUACAAUCCGAAAGACGUUUUCAGUGCCGGUGAAGCCGGAAUAUUUUAUCGUUUGCUCCCGUAUCACGUGUUUCCCCUUCGAAAUGACACCUACGGCAAGACUUCGAAGCAAAUCCUGACGGUGCUUUUGUGUUGUAAUGCCCUUGGCACAGAAAAGCGUCGACCACUUGUUAUUGGAGCGUCCCUCCAACCAGAAUCUCUCAUGAGCGUGGCUCAUCUCCCGUGUGAUUACAACGCCAGUGAACAGGCUUUGAUGACUCAAGAAAUUUUCAGUGAUUGGCUUAGAGAGUUAGACAGUGACAUGCAGCAGCAGAAGAGAAGGAUUUUGUUGCUUGUUGAUGAAUGCUCUGCGCACAGACAUCUCCCUUGGCUGGAGAAUGUGCGAGUCGAGUUUGUACCUUCGGAUCCCACUUCAGUGUUCCAACCGCAGAACACAGGAAUCUUUAGAUGGCUGAAGGCUUACUACAGGAAAACUGUUCUUCGGAAAAUGUGGUUGAAUUUGGCUUGCAAUAAAAUUAGCCACGAUUUCACUGUCAAGGAUGCCAUUGAAACAAUUGCAGCUGCCUGGGAUGCGAUUGAGGGUACGAGUAUUGUCAAGUGUUGGAAACAGGCGAGGAUUUUCCAGCGAGACCGUUGCUUCCAAGGUGAAAGACCUGAUGUCACUGAAAGUUCCGAGGAUCCCGCGAUAUCUGAACUGUGGGCAUCAAUGUGUUUCGAUCCCGAGCUUACUUUUAACGAUUUCGUUGCUGUGGAUGAUAAUUUAAUAGUGACGAGUGCGUUGAAUGAUUCUGAAUCCGAGGAACUUGUUUCCCCGAACGAUGUAAAUGAUAGUGUUGAAGGGGAAGCUGCUGGUUUUGAGCAGCUUAAAAUGAUGACUUUUGCAGAUGCCAUGGAUGCUCUGGAAAAAAUGAAGAGCUUCUUGUGUUCCUCUCCCUUGGCCGAUGAUAAAACUUAUCGGAACACCAUGGAUAAGAUGAAGCUGGAUUUAGAUAUGAUCCAGCGCUUUCUUUUUUGGGCUCUGGUCUCUGCGGUUGCGGAUGGUGUUCUUGGACCUAUUUUGGGUUUAGUGUUUAAUAUCUCGAAACUCGGAAUAUUUCUUUCUCUUGUCCUGAUUUUCUGUGGUCUCGAGUAUCUAUAUUCGUUGCAAAAGGUUUCUCCGUGUAACAAGGCCGUGCUCAUUACUGGAUGUGACUCGGGUUUCGGCUUGGAUUUGGCAGUUCAUUUGCAUAAAAUGGGAUUUUUAGUCUUCGCUGGAUGCCUUCACAAAGAUUCUGCGCCGAAACGCGGACGUGGCCGACAGUUUGAUAACAAUGGAGCAGAGAGGCUCUCGAAACUUGGUGGCAUUCACGUCCUGCAAAUGGACGUAACUUCCGACGAGCAAGUGAAGAAAGCUGUUGAUUACGUUUCCACGAAUCUUCCUGCUAAUCGCUUGUUCUGGGGCGUCGUCAACAACGCUGGGAUUGCGAAUUUCGGCGAUGUUGAAUUCACUAGCCUUGAAAGCUAUCACAGGUUGACGGAAGUGAAUUUGUGGGGAACCGUUCGAGUUACCCAAGCAUUCCUGCCUUUGAUCCGGAAAUCAAAAGGUCGUGUAGUGAAUAUGGCCAGUGGACUGGCAAGGAUGUGUGUUCCAUUCCGAUCCUCGUACGCCAUCACAAAAUACGGAAUCGAAGCUUUCUCAGAUUCCUUGCGUUACGAGAUGCGUCGCUUCGGAGUCGACGUGAGCGUUAUUGAGCCUGGGAACUUCGUUGCUGCCACGGGGAUUUUUACGGAAUCUGGGAUUACUGAUGCUGCGAAGGCUUUGUGGGACUCUGCACCGUCCGAGAUUCGAACUGCCUACGGGGAAGGUUAUUAUAAUUUCCGUGUGAAUGCGAUGAAGAGCUACACAACAGGAACCUCAAUCCAAGACAAACUGGAGGUCGUUGAAGCCUACAUGAAAGCUCUAACGGAUUACAAGCCUUCUCCGAGAUAUCAGCCCAUGGACUGGCCCACGGGGAUUUUUACGGAAUCUGGGAUUACUGAUGCUGCGAAGGCUUUGUGGGACUCUGCACCGUCCGAAAUUCGAACUGCCUACGGGGAAGGUUAUUAUAAUUUCCGUGUGAAUGCGAUGAAGAGCUACACUACAGGAACCCAACUUCGGAUGCACUUUCGAGAUUGCCUAAUGUUCGGAAGAGGCUCUAUAGUCGGGUACCUGACCGCAACGAAACUCAGGUGUUUCGUGGCUACGCAUUUACCGGAGUUCGUUUACGAGUUUUUCUUCGUUACUCAGCAACAGUGA